GAAUUCCUCCAAAUUUUAUUUAAAUUUUUGCGAGUAAGUAGCAAACUGCCGCUGUCUAUACCUUGCCUUUGUUUGACUUGUGUAAAGAUUAGAUUACGUUAAAUAUUCAGCAUGUUCUAAUCAAAAUCUAUACGCGACGCGCGGUAAUCGAUCAGUAUCGAUUGAGGAUCAAAGAUGACAGUUACCUAUACAAACGAAGUCGUCACAUCGAGACGAUUCAGUGUCUUUUUAAAACUUUUACUCAGAUGGAGAGGAUCAAUUUACAAACUAAUAUGGCGCGAUGUACUGUUCUAUCUAGGAAUGUACUACAUUAUUUAUUUCUCAUACCGAUAUGGUAUGGACGACACACAUAAAAAAAAUUUCAAAAUAUUUGUGGACUAUUGUCAAGCAUAUCACAAUUUUAUACCGUUGUCCUUUGUUUUGGGCUUUUAUGUCACGUUAGUGAUGGACCGAUGGUGGUCACAAUACACUUCAAUUCCGUUUCCGGAUAAUAUCGCUUUACUUUUAAGCGCAAGUAUUCAUCAACAGGACGAACAUGGCCGUCUUGUUCGUCGCAGCAUUUCACGCUACAUUUGUCUCACUUUUGCGAUGACAAUGACAAUGAUGUGCCCUCGAGUGAAAAAACGUUUCCCUACACUGGACCAUUUCGUCGAUGGCGGGCUAAUGCUCCCUGAUGAAAAGAAAAUAUUCGAAGACUUAGAACGAGAUUAUCCUGGUUAUACAAAAUACUGGCUUCCUGUGGCAUGGGCAGCAAAUGUUAUUAGUAAAUCUAGACAAGAUGGCCUCAUCACCACAGAUGUCUCCAUGCGUAAUUUAUACGAGGAAUUGUUCACAUUCCGUAGUAAAUGUGGCGGACUAUUAGACUAUGACUGGAUUAGCAUACCGCUAGUUUACACACAGGUGGUUACCAUUGCAGUCCAUGCAUUUAUCCUGACAGGAGUAUUCGCGCAGCAAUUCACAGAUCCAGAAAAAGAUCUAUACUUUCCGUUUUUAUUAAUCCUAGAAUAUUUCUUUUAUAUGGGAUGGCUGAAAGUAGCGGAAACAUUGAUUAAUCCAUUCGGCGAGGACGAUGAUGAUUUUGAAGUAAAUUGGAUGAUCGACAGACACAUGAUGGUCACAAUGCUAAUUGUUGAUAAAAUGCACAACGAGCAUCCUAAAUUAAUGAAGGAUCAAUAUUGGGAUAGUGUGGUACCGCAUCAUCUUCCAUACACUGUUGCUUCUGAACAAUGCAUGAGAGAAGAGGCUGUAGAAUCAACUAAGAACGUUAAUGUAAAGUCAUUUGAUGGUGAUAUUUUAAUUGAAUCAUCAAAGCUCACCAACAGAAAAACUCGCGAGAAUGUUGAUAGUCGUCAAGGUUGGUUUAAAAAGAUUACGACGCCGAAAAUGUCCCGCCAUCGGCCAGUUGGUAGGUCAAAGAGUCAAAGCUUUGAGAUUGAGAUGGAAAGUACAUUAUUGCGCAUACCAGAGUCGUCAACCCCCGAAACAUCUCCGCGAUCGUCAGAUUUAAGCGACUUUGAUAAACUGAAAAAAGAACGACAAGAUAAACGCUCGGAAAAACUAAAAAAAUACCUCCAACUACUAAAAAGGUCCGAUAUGAACGUUUCCGACGAGGAGAAACUUAUAAGUGAUAUAAUUCAUGAGUCAGCUAGCAGAGAAUAACAAAUUAAAUUUAUGCUCUAUAAUAAUUUUAUUUAAAUCUUUAAUUUAAUGUGAAAAUAAAGUUCUGCAUAUAA